ACGCUCCGCGCGCGGACUGCAUGCGCAGAGAAUAGGCGGAGACACACAGGGAAAGACUGAAGCAAACACCGCUGCCCUUCUUUCAUUCUCACAGACUGGAUAUGCCUUAGAUAUUACCUCUUAUGUGGUAUCAGAGGACGCGCUGGCGUUACCGCCAGCCACACGCGCUGGACAGAUUUGACUUUUGACGCGCGCGUGUGUUUUUUUUCCCGUGGUCGAUGGCGCAGAUGAAGAGGAUGCGUGAAACAACGCAGCCCAACCCUGUUUUCUUGAAUGCGACUGAAAGGAGCUACGUUUUUUGGGAGUUGUUUACGUGUUGGGUUCUUAUGUGGAGUAGUCUAACCCGAAUCGAUAACGCAAGCGAAAGCAGCACAAUGCUUCCAAGGUGAUUGAUCUCCGUGCUCAAUGAAAACAAGGAGGAGAGCUGAGCAGAUACGAUGGCUGAGGAGAAUAACCUGAAGACAGCCAGAUUAUGGAGGGAUGCUGCUCUGCGCUCCAGGAAGCUGCGGAGCAACCUGCGACAGUUGACCCUGAGCUCCAAAAACAGCCAGAAAAUCACAUUACCCGAGGACAUAAAGGAGAUCGAGGUCCUCAAUCUGGGUAAUAACUCCCUUCAGGAGCUCCCAGAGGGGCUGGGCUCGACCCUGACAAAGCUUCACAUACUAGUUCUCCGUAGGAACAAGUUUACCACCAUUCCCUCUGCAGUAUUUCAACUUAGUCAGCUGGUUGAGUUAGACAUGAGUCACAAUUGCCUGAGCCACGUUUCGGAAGAUAUUGAUCUUUUAAAGGGGCUUAGAAAGUUGUGCAUUAGUCAUAACAAAAUCCAAUACCUGCCAUCUCAAAUUGGGACUUUGCAGUGUCUGGAGGAGCUCGAUGUCAGCUUCAACGAGUUACGUGAUUUUUCCGGGUCUUGGUCAAAGCUCAGGAGGCUCAGAACACUUGAUGUGGAUCACAACAAGCUAGAGCGUUUCCCAUCUGAAAUACUCGCCCUCAGUGACUUGGAAGAGCUCGACUGCUCUGGGAAUAAACUCGAGGGUCUUCCGGGGAACAUCAUGAUGCUUCAGUCUCUUAAAAUAAUGUGGCUCAGUAGCACCCAUCUCACCUCCUUACCUGAAACAUUUUGUGAGCUCCAGAACUUAGAAAGUUUGAUGCUUGAUAAUAAUUUGCUCACGAGACUGCCACAAUCAUUUGGAAAACUGCAAAAGUUGAAAAUGCUUAAUCUUUCGUCAAACUCUUUCGAAGAUUUUCCUCAGGUUAUUAUCAAAAUCACUAGUUUGGAGGAGUUGUAUUUAAGCCGGAACAAACUGACGUUCCUCCCUGAGGAGGUGGGACAGCUGUGUAAUCUCGCUAAUUUGUGGUUGGACAAUAAUAGAAUAACAUUUCUCCCGGACUCCGUUGUAGAGCUUGGGAAAUUAGAGGAGUUGGUUUUACAGGGUAACCAAAUUGCCAUACUCCCGGACAAUUUCGGAAAACUUGCCAAAGUCAACAUUUGGAAGGUGAAGGAUAAUCCUCUCAUUCAGCCACCGUAUGAAGUGUGCAUGAAGGGAAUCCCCUACAUAGCCGCCUAUCAGAAGGAGCUUGCACACUCCCAAACUGCAGUAAAACCCAGACUUAAACUUGUUUUGAUGGGCCACAAAAAUGCAGGGAAAACCACACUCAGGCAGUGCAUUAUCAGUAAACCAUCAGAUGCCAAGAUGGCAAUUGGAGGUAGAGGCAUUGAUGUUACAAACUGGGUAGCGGAUGCUGAUCGGAGUCUUACUUUCAUCGUAUACGAUUUGUCGGGUAAACAAAACUAUGAUCUUAUCAAACCAUUUUUCCUCUCUCCUGGAGCUCUUUAUGUCCUGGUGGUGAAUCUGAGAUUGUACACAUCAAAGAGCUUUUAUUCCCAGGUUGGGUAUUUUUUGCACCUGCUCAGUGCCAAGGUGCCACAUGCGGUGGUGUGCAUUGUGGGCACCCAUGCUGACCUGUGUGAGGAGUUAGAGAUUGAAGAAAAGUGCCUGGAUAUUCACAGACAAAUUUCCAUCCAGGAAAAGUUGGACACUGAAUGCUUACAUGUGCUCACCUUGCAGGUCGACGAUGCCCUCGAGCAGGGCUUCGGUGUUCGGACGUGUAGCCCACAUGUGCCGUUUUAUGGCGUUACGGAUAAAAACUUGAGACGUAAAAAGUCCCAGUUGCAAUAUAUGCUGAACAAUCGAUUACAAAUCCUGUCUCCUGUGAUUUGUGUCAGCUGUGGGUUGGCACAGAGGAACAUUCAGCACUUGAAAGAAAAGCUCAUGUCUGUCGCUGAUCACAGAGAGAUUUUCCCCAACCUUCACAGAGUGCUGCCGAAAUCAUGGCAGAUGCUUGAGGAGCUGCAUUUUAAGCCGCAGGAUUUAUGGCUUUCCUGGUGGGAUUCAGCCCGGUUGGGCCUGCAGGCGGGACUGACGGAAGACCGCCUGCAAAGCGCUCUGUCCUACCUACACGAGAGUGGUAAACUUUUGUACUUUGAAGACAGCUUGACACUAAAAGAAUACGUCUUCCACAAUCUGCCACGAUUUAUCGCCAUCUUAAACGUCUUUUUCCAGAAGGACCUUGCUGCGACGCUUGAGAAGCUGGAGACAGAGGAAGAUGAUGGAGAUGCCCCCAAGGCUACUCAGAUGCACAGUCACAUUGAAGCGUUUGUUUUGCACGGCGUGCUGCCGUCAAACGUCAUUCGCUUGCUGCUUAAACCCCUAGUACAGACACAGCAGGACUUGCACCUGAUCAUGGAACUGCUGGAAAAAAUGGGGGUGUGCUACUGUGUCAACAAACCUCGCAGUAAGCCACUUAAUGGUGCAACCGUCUGGUAUAAAUUCCCCAGUCAGGUGAGCACUGAAGAGCCCCACGUCAAGCCCUCGACCGGCGGGAGCUCAUCCGUCCCCGGUCAGGUCUUUUCAGUUGAGCAGCUGCAAAUUGAAUACAGGUUUCCUUUUCUUACCCCUCUUGGACUUUUUGCACGUUAUAGCGUGCAAAUCAACAGCCACGUGGUGCAACGGUCCGACGGAAAGCAUCACAUCUUUGCCUACCGGGGUAAAGUGCCCGUGACGGUGAGUUACCGGCUCUCUCGGAGCAGGCUGCAGGGUGAGACCCUCUCCAUUUCCAGCCGUGCAUCUUUGCCAAAUAUCUGGACAGCUUGGCAAGCCAUUAUUCCCCUGGUGGAAGAGUUAAAUGUUCUUCUGCAGGAAUGGCCUGGCCUUCACUACUCUGUGCAUGUCCUGUGUUCCAAGUGCCUAAAGAGAGGAUCCCCUAACCCACAUUCCUUUCCAGGUGAGCUGUUAAGCCAGCCUCGACCUGAGGGAUUGACUGAGAUCAUCUGCCCCAAGAAUGGCUCGGAGCGGGUCAACGUGGCGCUAGUUUACCCUCCAACCCCAACUGUGAUUAGCCCUAGUUACAAAUGAGACUUCCUGUUUUUGCCCGUGAUUGACCUCCACAGACCAGUACACAGCUUUCCUCUGUAUGUUAUAUUCUCACAAAGUACAGUUCUGCAUGCCACAUGUGUGGCUUUUAAUGUUGCCUCUGCCCUCAUCUGAGGGAGAUCACUGUACACCUGAUGUACAUAGUACAUGCAAAGAAUGUUCAUAAUGAAUGUUUGUUACUGAGAGAUUCAUAUCAGGACACACUUACAUGUUAUCAGCUCCGACUGCCAACACACAACAAACUGACAGUAUUUAAAACUGUUGAUCUAGUUUUGGUCUGUGUACACGUAUUGGUCCACCGGAUGUCCAUCUGAAAAGCUUAUACAUGCACCCUGAGCCUGUCUUAGUACCAUUUGUGGUACCAGUCAGUUCAAUCUUAGAUUAGCCAUCUCACUGCAAAAUAUUGGAAAUCCUUGUUUGUACCCAAAGGCAUCUCUUGGAAAUUACAUCUGUACUGCUGAGGGGAUCUGCAUUCAUGCAAAAAAAGAUGGAGGACACUGUUUUCUCAUAAGACUUUGAUUAGACGGGAUGGAUUUUGGACUUUGGAGGAUUUUCUGCUUCAUAUGCAUGCCUUUGAAAUCCAGGAGAGAUAAAAUUAUGUAUGAAAUGGAUAAAUGCACUAGAGGUUUAGUUGUAUUCAAUGGGCAAGAAUAGAAAUGUCUUCUUGGGCAUACAUUUUUGAGAUAUCUUAAUAAAGGGACACUCCACUUUUUCUGAAAAUAUACUCAUUUUCCAGCUCCCCUAGAGUUAAACAUUUGAUUUUUACCGUUUUGGAAUCCAUUCAGCUGAUUUCUGGGGCUGGCGCUACCACUUUUAGCAUAGCUUAGCAUAAUCCAUUGAAUCUGAUUAGACCAUUAGCAUCGCGCUAAAAAAUAACCAAAGAGUUUUGAUAUUUUUCCUAUUUAAAACUUGACUCUUCUGUAGUUACAUCGUGUACUACUAAGACUGACAGAAACUUAAAAAAUGUGAUUUUCUAGGCAGAUAUGGUUAGGAACUAUACUCCCAUUCUGGCGUAAUAAUGAUAUUACGCAGCAGCCGAAAAUAGUCCCCUUAGUAACUUUCAAUGGCAGGGGACUAUUUUCGGGCACUGCGAAAUAUCAUUGCGCCUCCUGCAGCCAUGUUACAGCAGCAAAGUCCUUGAUUAUUACGCCAGAAUGAGAGUAUAGUUUCUAGCUAUAUCUGUCUAGAAAAUCGCAACUUUUAACUUUCUGUCGGUCUUAUGCUACGUACACACCAAACGCGGGGCAUCGCGUUACUCGCUCUAGAUUACUCGCGGGAUUUAACUUCAUGUCAUGCAAAUUUUUUGCUCGAGUUGAAUAUUUUCAACUUGAAGACGCGUUUGAGGCGAAUAGCGCGCGUUUUCGUGGCAAACUCGCCGCCCAUAUCGCGUCAUCCGCAUCACCCCACGCGAGGACGCAUUGACUUUGUAUGUAAUGUACUCGCGCAAAUCGUUGAACUCACAUCUGGUGUGAACCCACAGUUAGUACACGAUGUAACUACAGAAGUCAAGUUUUAAAUAGGAAAAAUAUCCAAACUCUUUGGUUGUUUUUUAGCGCGAUGCUAAUGGUCUAAUUAGAUUCAAUGGAUUAUGCUAAGCUAUGCUAAAAGUGCUAGCACCAGACCCGGAGAUCGGCUGAAUGGAUUCCAAAAUGGUAAAAAUCUAAUGUUUAACUCUAGGGGAGCUGGAAAAUGAGCAUAUUUUCAAAAAAGUGGAGUGUCCCUUUAAGGAAUGGGUGAAAAGGGAUAUUUGCAAUUAUUUAAGUAACAUGUAGCCAAAGAUAUAGAAAAUAUUUCCCUAAAUCAUACUGAGACAAAGAUUCUUUCUUUCUUUCUUCUACAAUCACAUAGUUGAGUGUAAUUGAGAAUGUCACAUUGUUUCUUGCACAUGAUCACAGUUUGAUAUAUGAUGCGGUUUUGAACACGGAUGUACAGAAAUAUCAGUACAAUAAUUCAGUCAAGGGUGACCUCUCAUCCUUCACUCUUAAAGAAAUAUAUGUAAGCCUAUCUGAACUGACUGAUUAAUUGAAGCAGUGUCUGAAGCAUAUUGUUCAUAUUUAUUAAUAUGAGAAAUUGCAAAUUACCAAGGACAAAGAAUUAAGACUUUUAUAUUUAAAAUGAUUGUGUACCAUUUCAAUGUUUCUCUUUUGGAGAGGAAAAAUUCUGCAAUACAUGUGAUGUGUUUGCGAACAGCUGAUAAUGUUUUGUACAUAAUAUUUUAUUUUUAUAAGCUAAUGAGCUGUCACCAAUGUCCCACUUUAUUAACUGUGCAUUGUGCAUGGCUACUGUGCUUAAUGUAAAACCCACAACAGUUUUCUAAGUUAUAAGGGUUACCCUUUGUCACUGUAGAACCGCAAAGGCACCAAAUAUAAAGGCUGGUUUCCA